AUGUCACAUCGCACCGCAGCAAACUCCAACGGCCAAGGCCAGGGAGACCGCAACGAAGUCCGGCAAACCGAGUCGACAAGCGAGAAUGCAGCAAGCCUGAACAGCGAACACAACAACGACUCAGCUGAGACCCGCCAGCAGGAACUCGACUUGGACUACUACCAGAAGUUCCUGGAAGAUUUGGUCGCCGUCAUGCGUGACGCUCCUAGCGAUUCAGUCGCUCGGCUUGUUUUGCUUAUUCGCUCCGGGGCGUCGAACGAGGAUAUCCACAAUGCCAUUCGACGCGUCCAGGAUGAGAGCUAA